AUGAUGAUCUGGAAUCCAGGAUGUUUUGAGCGUCUGAGGGAGCCAUCUUUGUGGUCAGUCACGGACUGCCAGAUUCCGCCCAAAGAUGCCGUUCCCGACAAUCGAGGGAGAUGGAGGCAAGGUCCUGAGAAGGCUGGCCUGGCGCUGCCCCAGAACUCCGCCCUUCCCCUCCCUAGCUCCAACAGUUCCAUUGCCGGCACCUCCAUUCUUCUGCCUUCCCAGUUUGUGACCUCCACACUCUGUGGAAUUCUGGUGCUUUCUGCCCCCUCAGUAUUCCUCAGUCUGGGGCUAUCCAUGGCCCUCAGUGCCCCAGCCCUGGCCUGUCAGUCCCCAGUCACCCAGCACCUCUUAGGGGCUCCGGGGAGCCAGGCCCUGCUGCUUGCCUCCCCUCAGCUGCCAAAGUGCAGAGCCGGGGCCUCCACAAGCCUGCUGGCUCUGGAAUCGAAUGCUAGGUCCUCUGCAUUCACAGGCGGGCCCCAGAUGCCGAGUGCAGACUUCUCACACAGCGGGUACUCUCCAGGACGGGACUGCAGGGCGUCCAGGCCAACCCGCCAGCCAGACUGGGGGCAACCGACAUCUCAGACUGCUGCUGAGUUGGGGGUGCAGCGAAAACGCUUUGUUCCAGUGACCAUGAAGGCGGCUGAAGGGGGAGACCUCCUGCAGGCAACAGACUCUAAGCUCUUUCAGUGUAACUGGCACCUUCCCGGGGCUUCUGUCCUGCCGCUGGACUUAAAAACUUUGGGAAAAUCAAGGAGGUGUCUCUGGGUCCCGUCUGCCAGAGCACCUCGGGACCUCUCAGGAGUGUCGUCCUUCUGUUCCUUCCUGAGGCCGGGAGGCACUGGAGCGGGGAGGACGGCCUCCACUAUUUGGAAGGCACAAAGGCAGGUCCAGAACGCCCACACGGGCUUGGACCUGUCGGUGCCCACGUACCAGGAGGUCCGUGGCAAGAUGAUGUCGGGCCACGUGGAGUACCAGGUCGUGGUGGUGACCCGGCUGCCCGCCUUCAAGUCGCCCAAGCACAGGCCGGACGACGUCGUGCAGUUCAUGGUUUCCAAGAAAUACAGUGAGAUCGAAGAGUUCUACCAGAAGCUGAUGAGCCGCUACCCGCAGGCUGCCCUCCCCCUGCUCCCCAGGAAGAUCCUGUUUGUCGGGGAGUCCGACAUCCGAGAGCGCAGAGCCGUGUUCAAUGACAUCAUGCGUCAGAUCGCCAAGGAUGGGGAGCUGGUGAGCAGCCCCGAGCUGCUGGAGUUCUUGGGAACCAAGCCCUCUGGGGCAAGUGAUUUAAUUGGGCGGCGGCUGCAGGAGCAGGAGAAGGAAGAGACUGAUGGGGACCCGGGGGACGGGCUUGACUUCUUCCAGGAGCCAGACAAGACAGGGAGCGGGGCUCCCCUGCCUGACGGUCUGAGCCACCAGGGGGCAGAGGAGGAGGAGGAAGAGGAAGAGGAAGAGGUGCUGGACCCCCUGGGCAUCAUGCGGACCAUCCUUGCCUUUUGCCAGAUCAUUGGUACCUUGAUACCUCCUCCAUUUUCCACAGUCCUUCAGAUAUUCCUGGCCGGGGCUGAGCAGUCACAUCGGCUGGUUCUUUCGGGACCCCUGGAUCCUCUGGGUCCGGUGCCUGGGAUUCACCCAGGGCAGCCAGGUGCUCCUUUGCUUUUUCCUUGCUUCUCUUGGGGAUCACCUUCCCAUCCCUGCUUUGGGCCCUUUGUGGCCAAAAACCUACAAGCAGACUCACACUGAGCCCCUCUCCCUGUUGCCAUCCUCCCACCUGCCCUUGUCACUGCCCUCUCUUUUGCCCUGGUCCAGCCUUCAUUUUUGUUCUGCACUUGCCUCACUUCCUUGUGACCUUGAAAUCCCGGGCACUGAUUUGUAGGAUGGGGAAGUGACCCUGGGCUCUGGGGUCAGUGUCUUCCCCUCUGGGGGCCCUCUUCCCUCUGGGGAUAGCUGGUUGUAGAGGUCCCAGCCUUCCUCGGGCCUUCCCUUGGUUGCUAAAGUCGGUGUCUCUCCCCACGUCUUGUAGCCACUCCCUGAGUCAUUGGGGUCAAGCGGGGACAGCGGAGGCUGAAGAGAAUCAAUUGUGUGAGCAGCCAGCGCCGCCGGUGCCGCCCGGCCCCCGCUGUCCCCACUCGGGCCUUGUUUUGGAGAGAAAGAGG